AUGGAGUCACAAUUUGAUAAUCAAUUGAACAAAAUAACGGAACAACAAUCACAACCAUCGAAUAAUGAAUCAAAUACUACUACAACUUCCUCACCAAAUAUUGAACAAGCUUGUGAUUCAUGUAGAAAAAGAAAAUUAAAAUGUUCAAAAGAAUAUCCACGUUGUUCAAAAUGUAUUCAACAUAAUUGGAAUUGUUCAUAUAGUCCAAGAACUAUAAGAUCACCAUUAACAAGAGCUCAUUUAACAGAAGUUGAAAAUAAAUUAACAAAAUUGGAAGAAAUUAUGAAUUAUAUUUUACCAAAUCUGAUUAAUUUAGAUGAAAUAUUAAAUAAUAAUAAAAGAUUUGAAAAUUUUGAAAAUGAAUUAAAACCAAUUAAAGAGAAUCUAGAAAAAUUAAAUUUUAAAAACGAUAAUGAGGGGAGUGAAUUAAAUAUAACGAAAAAACAAGACGACCCAAAAAAAUUUCCAACACAACCACAAUCAUUAGUACAAUCACCAAUUGAAAAUGAAGAAGAUAUAUUUAGUUAUCCACCAUUACAACAAUCAAAAUCACAUCCAAUACAAUCAACAACUUCAAUAGAUCAACAACAAUAUAAUUUUUCAAAUGAUAAAUCUAAAAUCAAACAAGAAAUAAUAGAUAGUUUUUUAUUAAAUAAUAUACCAACUACAAAUCAUAAUAGUAAAGAUUUAUUUGAUUCUUUAAUAAGUGGUCAACAAAAUAAUAAUAAUUAUAAUAAUUACAAUAAUUUAAUAUCAAAUUCAUCAUCAACUUUUUUCCAAAAUUCAUUAAAUACAACAAAUGAAAAUUCAAUGUUAACAUCACCAUCUUCUAUAUUAAGUUUGAAUUCAUUACAUAAUGAAGUAAUGGCCGAUAAUCAUAAUCACAACCACCAAAGUCAUCAUCACCACCAUAACAAUCAUCCAAAUUUUGAAAUUGAACAAGAAAUAAAAGAAGAAGUAGAGGAUCAAGAAGUUCCAAAAUAUAAAAAGAUAAAAUUAGAUAAUAAUAAUAAUAGUAACAAUUUAAAUAAAGAGUCAUUAAAUAAUUGGAAUUUUACAAGUUUACUAAGUUUACAAAAUUUGAAUAAUAAAACUAGUUCCACAAAUUUAAAUGAUUUAAACUCAACUAAUUUUGAUUUAAUAUUUGAUGAUGUAUUGGAUGAACAAAUCAAUGUUUAA